CAUCAUCAUCGCAUUACAGACAACUCUGCCUAUAUACACACUUUCUUGAUCUCUCUCUUCUGGACGCUUUUUACCCAGCCUCUAUUAUAACCUCCUAUCAUUCUCAACGACUCUGAGCUACAAAGUUCCAAGUUCGUCGAACGAAAUCCUCGUCAUUGUCACGAUUUGCUGCUCCUGCGCUUCUUCGUCCACCCUGCGCAAGACCAAGACCCGGACCCCUCCUAAUAUCCUCAUCCACCCCCGCCACUUCUUCCUCCUCAUCACAUCGGUGUUUUCGAGACAGCAGAUCUUAUACGCAUAAUGUCAUACGGCCCACCACAAGGCGGUGGAUACCCUCCACAAGGUCAAGGGUAUCCUCAGCAACAGCAAUGGAACGGCCCUCCUGGUCCUCCUCAAGGCAAUCAGGGCUAUCCUCCAUACAAUCAACAGCAGCAGAGCUGGAGUGCUCCUCAAGGGCCACCUCCAGGCCAAUAUAACCAAGGCGGCUGGAACGCCCCACCUGGCCCUCCCCCAGGACAGUAUCAUCAAGGCCCCCCACAGCAGCAAGGCGGUUGGGGAGGUCCACCACCACAGCAUCAUGGCGGUUAUCCUCAAGGCGGAUAUCCCCCGCCUGGAGGAUCAUAUGGCGGCGGCGGCCAGCCAGCACCACCAUCGCCAGGCUAUGACCCCCGAGCGCAAGCGCAAGGCGAUGCGUCCCGAGACGCCGAUGCCUUGCGAGCCGCAAUGAAAGGCUUUGGCACCGAUGAGGCCACUUUGAUCCGUAUCCUCUCCAAACCAGACCCAUUACAAAUGGCUUUGUUGCGGAAUACCUAUAACCAACGCUUGCGGCGUAACCUCGAAGCCGAUAUCAAAUCCGAAACCUCAAAGUACUUCCGAGACGCUCUUGUCGGAAUCGUCCAAGGACCUUUGAUGUAUGAUGUCCAUGAGGUCAACCGCGCCAUCAAAGGGAUCGGCACGAAAGAAACUCUUCUAAAUGACAUUCUUAUCGGCAGAUCCAAUGCCGACAUGCGGGCCAUCAAGCAGGCCUAUCAGCAAACAUUCCGUGAGAGCCUCGAAUCCGCCGUCAAAGGUGAUUUGUCCCUCAAAACAGAGCAACUUUUCAGCAUGGUGAUGGCGGCUACGCGGGCUGAGGAGUCGACGCUUAUUGAUCCCACUCAGGUCGACCGAGAUAGUUCACAGCUACACGGUGCCAUGGGCGCACGGAUGGGCACUGAUCAAAUUACCGUCUGCAGCAUUCUAUCUCAGCGGAGUGAUGGCCAAAUCCGGGCCAUUGCCAACAACUUCAAGCAAAAGUAUCAACGGGACCUUGAGUCGGUCAUCAAGUCGGAAUUUUCUGGCCACAUGGAAGAUGCCCUGCUGCUGAUGGUGCGUCGUGCGUGUGAUCGGGCGAUGACCGAAGCGGUCCUGCUGGAAGACACAAUGGCGGGGCUGGGGACAAAAGACAAUCUCCUGGUCUCGCGAGUCGUCAGGCUUCACUGGGAUAAAGCUCUAAUGGACCAGGUCAAACGCGCCUUCGCCCACAAGUACAAGAGGGACUUGGUUACGAGGGUUCGGGGAGAGACGAGUGGAGACUACCAAAGAUUGUUGGUCGCAAUGCUGAGUUGAGGUGCGGGAUCGAUGUUGUGAUUGAGAUUGGGCGCCAUUUGAUUGUGCGCGCCAAUUGCUGGCGGCGAUUUGCUUUCUUGCCUACUAUCGGUGGCUGUAUGAAUUUUAUGUACGAUCUGAGCGGACGGAGAACAAUGAAUGACGUUGGAACUGCCAAACAUGCCUGAGAGGAUCAUCAUGUGAAUUAUCUAGCGAUCAUCUCAUGCCAAUAGUGAUGGAGAGUGAUAAACCAUGCCUGGAGAAGUGGCUGAAUGACUAAGGCUUGACUCACCAAACAGCCUGACAUUGCUGAAACUGGGGAGAGUUCGAUGCCUCGAAGACACGAUCCCAUGUACCCACGACCGGGAUUGGAAGGGACAUGAGAGUGAUUGAGUGAGAGAGAGUCUGAGCCACCGUCACAUGCAUACUCAAUAUAGGUGCCGUCUGAUAGGCAACGCGGCCUGCAUACAGUACACUAUUACACCGGAAUCGAACGCAAAUAGUCACGGAAAAGGUGAGAGAAGUGAG